AUGGAAGAAGCAUCUUCUUCGAGACAUUCAAUAAGAUGCAUGGUUGUUGAUGACGACACAAGUUGCCUCAAGAUCAUUGCCACCAUGCUCACCUCUUUAAAUUUUUUAGUUCAACCAUUCAAGAGCACAGCCGAAGCUUUGUCCUCCCUCCGCGAACAAGACCACCGAAUCGAUCUGUUUUUGAUCGAGGUCCACGCCGGCGAGGCCAGCUCCGCCGGCUCCACCACGUUGGCUUCCUUCGACCUCGUCGACCUCAUCGUCAACCAAACCGACAUUCCUGUCAUCACGAUGUGCGCCAACGACGACGACAAGAUCAUCUGCGAGUCGCUGCGGCACGGAGCGCGGUUCCACUUCACUAAGCCGGUAACGAAGGCGGUGGCCGAGGUCAUGCGGCAGAAGGCGAUGCAGGGGCAAACAGAACACGGGAUUGCUAGAAGCAACCGAGCAGAUUUGGAGGGUAUUCAUAUAACUAAUGAAGAAGAAUAUUGUGACUCCAUUAACGUUGAGGACGGAAAAGGGAAGCUUGGUUUGGAAUUCUACGGCGUGGUCGCUCCGAGAAGAACGGUCCGAUGCACCGGGAAUUCCGAUGUCGAAACAGGGGAAGGCAGUGAGAAACCGCAGCGGAGGAGAUCAGGGCGGUUGACUUGGGAUUCAGAUCUCCGUCAGAGGUUUUCAUCAGCAGUGGAGCUUUUAGGGCAACAUGCUGUUCCAAGGAAGAUACUCGAGCUUAUGAAUGUUGACGGGAUCACGAUCAAGCAAAUUGCUAGCCACCUUCAGAAACAUCGAAAAACACAUCAAGGACGGCUGAGUCAACCUGUAAAGUUGCGGAAAAGGAAACUCGAAAAGAAGUCUUCUGUGUUCUCUCAGAAGCCGACGCUGAAGCCUCUGCUUCCCAAGUAUCCUCCAUCGAUGCUCUGCGCUCUACCUACACCCGUCCACAUCCAUGGCGGAAUGCAGCGUCCAGACCAGCAGAUGUUGAUCGGUAACGACGUCGAAUCGUCGGGCUUCGACGUGAGAAGAGACGAGCUGCAGAGCAGGGGAACUGGGGAAGUUGCGUCGAAGGGCUCAUCGUCGAGCGCUGCGGUGCAUGAGAAUUCUGAAGGCUUAGACAUUGGAAACUUCGAUUUGGAUGAAGACCUCAUUGCGGAGAUCGCUGAAGAAAUUGAGAUGUAUUUAGGCAUACCGCCACCAUGA